AGUUCGUGGAGCUACACAGGAGGGCGCGUCAACUCGUGUCUUCAUCCCUUGUCUUGUCUUUAUAGAAGCGGAGGAAGUUACCGUUCACUCGGGAGUGUUUUCGGGAUUUGGCCAAAUACAGUUGAAGUGUGCAAGAGAGACAGGCUGAACGGAAUACAUCGAUGUGUGUCAGUCCGUAGAAUUGACAAGCGGAGAUAAGGAAAGAGCCCAGUGGACUUUCGGCUCGUAUGGCGCGUGAGACCGGCGCUCUCUUUCGACGUAACGCACUUUAAACAACGCAGAGUACAUGGAUGUGCAUUUCCACUUCAUCUAAAUAAUACUGGCCUCACAGGGAAAAAUGAUCAAGUUUUUUCUAAUGAUCAAUAAGCAAGGACAAACAAGGCUUUCAAAAUAUUAUGAGCAUGUUGACAUUCAUAAGAGAACAACUUUGGAAGCGGAUGUAAUUAGAAACUGUCUGUCUAGAUCAAAAGAUGAGUGUUCCUUUGUUGAAUACAAGGACUUCAUGCUCGUCUACAGACAGUAUGCUGCCCUCGUUAUCGUGAUUGGGGUGGAUGAUGACGAGAAUGAGUUGGCAGUGUUUGAGUUGAUCCAUAAUUUCAUAGAGGUCCUGGAUAAGUACUUCAAUCGAGUGAGUGAGCUGGAUAUCAUGUUCCACCUGGACAAAGUGCACAUCAUUCUGGACGAAAUGAUUCUGAACGGCCGUAUUGUGGAGACAAACAAAAGCCGAGUUUUGGCCCCUUUGCUCGUCCUCGAUAAGAUGGCAGAGAGUUAAAGAGACGGAGAGUCGAAAGCCGAGGUCAGGAACGCGCAACACUGGGUGAUGUUGGAGUCUGACAUGAAGGAGCUGAACCUGACAGACUCGAUAAAAAUGACUGCUUGCAAGA